AUGAAAGCCGUUUACGGCACUCCUGUCCCGCGUUCCGAAAAAGCGGCAGCGGUGCGGCUAAGAAAAGGGGUGCGGGAUUCGGACAAAGUCCAACUUGAAGCCAACGUGAGCUUCGCUCUCAGCCAACCUUCACCUCACCUCUUCGCGCUCUCUUUCCUCUACCCCGCUUUCGGCAACAUGGCGACACUGCGAGCGGACGAUCAGAACGCAGGUGCGUCGCUCGAGGCAUCCACAAGCUAUCAAGCACGUCUGCCGGACAAAAAGACCUUCAUCGCUACACUUUCAGGCGGUGCUUUCGUAGUCGGUCUUACGGGCGCCACCAUCUAUGGCCUGAGAAAGGCUCGGCUGCAAGCGAUCAAGGAGGCCGAGGAACUCGCAAAGGCGGCUGCAACUUCGGGGCAGGUGGUAGGAACAUCCAGUGCGCGUGUGCCGGCGUCACUCUCACCACACUCGCUCUCCCGAGCUGAGCCCGCGGCACCCGUCGAGCAGGCGUCAGGCUCAGUAGCGUAUGCCGAAGCGGAAGGUCCAGCAUCACAGGGCGCAUUUGCGCUGUUCCGCCAGAUGAACUCGGCCAUCCUCAAUCCGACACAGAGAGCAGCUGGGACGGCAGCGCCUACAUCCGUGUUCGACGACGAGACGGGCGCGCUACCCAGCGUGCUGCGUCGCAAACGCUCGCCAGCAGCACCCAGCGCUAGUCCGACUAUCACGAAAGCCCCGACUGCGGACCAAACUCCGAGCAUGGCGGCGGCAACCGCUUCGAGCACGACACUCACGCACCCGAGCGACUCCAAGAUCGACUACAGCGAGAUGGAUUCCACGCUUGACUUUCUCGGUCUCUCGUCGCCCAUUCCCGCCGACGAGCAGCGGCGGAUGAAGGCGCUGGAAGAAGAAGCAUCGCGCGAGUCUGGACCCACAGGCUUCUUCCAGUCGCCCGUCGGCCUGUCGCUCAAGGCAUUCUUCAUCGCGACGUCGAUCGUCAGCUUCACGACGCUGGCAGGCGUCGAAGUGGCGAAGCGCGCAUUUGGCGUCGAAACGAUGGACGAAUUCGUCGUUGCCAUGACGCGCAUCGUGCCCAGCCGCCAGAAGGGCGAGGCGUCGUUGAAGGGCGUGGCUCCUCACAUGCAUGUCACGCGCGACGAGGCCGACCUGCCCUCAACCGGCCGCACUGCGUCGGAGCCCAAGUCGGUGGACGAGGCGCUGACGGACCUGAGCCGCGCGGGCAGCUUCGAAGAAUGGGUAAGCACGCUCAAGACGCAGCUCGACAGCGAGCGCGAUUUCGAGGUGCACCGUCGCUUCGGCGGUGCCCCGGCAGCGAGCAACGAUUCGAUCUCCACCUCGGCGCGAACGUAUGCCGUGCACUCGCCAUUAGAAGACGUCGAACGCGACACUGCCGCACCAUCGAUCCUGCGCUCCGUGUUGGCCAUCUCUCCCGUAUUGCCGAGCACGGCGUUUGGGCUGGGUCUUGUAUCGGGCGUGUUGACGGCGGGCAAGCGCGCCGGGCUGGUGUUUAUGGCCGAAAACGCACACCGGCUGCCGGACACGGUGCAGGGGUGGUACUUUUACUCCAAGACCAAAAACUACAAGGUGAUGCUGGGUGCGGCCAAGGGUGGACUGAAGCAAGGCGUGCGGUUGGGAAUCUGGACCACCGGCUUCUGCUUGGCUGAGCGUAUGGCCGAGCUCACGCGCGGUGCGGUGCAGAGCCACUUCCGCUCUACGUCAGCGAUGGACGUGCAGCGCAAGUUCAAGAUUCUGGGACACUGGACCGACGGUGCACUCGCUGGAGUGGUGACUGCCGCCGCAGCUACAACGCUGUACCGACUGCCACGACCUGCGGCGGUGAGGGUGUUCCAGCUGGGACUGUUCGCGGGCGCGGGUACCGGCGCCCUGAGAGAUGUGCAGGAAAGACUAGUGCACAAGGAGAUCGGCGGAACUGAAACUAUCAACCUUGGCGCUCCGAUCCUUACAUCCGGCUCGGGGCGCAUGACUGAGAAGAAGAACGCAGCAGCAGCGACAGCUGCUCGGCCCACGUUUGUAGCCCAAGGGUCCGAUGACCGCCAUGGGGAAAUUUGGCUGGGUUCGGCUCACCAAGCCGAAUUUUGCGCCCGCGCUCAGUUGCAGCAGAUCUCAGACGCUGCUGCUGCAAUGCUGCAACUCACGCAGAAGCGCAGGGCAGACAAAAAGCACGGAAAUGCAGCCGCGGAUGCGUCUCCGAAUGUGCCGCACUUUGAGCCGAGAAAAUCGCAGUCGCAGCCAACCACUGCAACAGCCGCGCCUUGCUCUGCUGCUCUGCUGCUCUGCUGCUCUGCUGCUCUGCUGCUGUGCCCUGCUCGACUCCCCGUGGAGCCGCCGAGCCGCUAA